AUGGCAUUCCUGUUCGAUGCUAACACAAUCCGGGUUAAUGAUGUCCGACAGGCUAAGGCACUAGCGACGAUCGACCAUGAUUGCAAAAUCGAUUGGCUAUCUCUUAAUCCUGGUACGGCCCACAGGCUUCUAUUCCGGGACAAUCGACACAGAUUGUACUUGUACGAUCUGCAAAAGCACGAGAGGCUUGCACUCCUAUCUGACUGCAACUACGUCAAUUGGGUGCCAGAUUCGGAUGUUGUCGUAGCUCAAUCAAGGGAUGAGCUGUGUGUAUGGUAUUCAAUAGCAACCCCAGAUAGGAUAACAAAGCAUGCAAUCAAAGGGGAUAUCGAAGACAUCAUCCGUGCCAAUGGGCGGACGGUCGUUGUCGUCGACGAGUCGCCCAACAAUCAGGUCGAGUAUGAACUUGAUGAGGCCCUCAUUAACUUUUCUGCUUCUGUGGAACGUGGCCACUUCGCGAUGGCUGUUGAUGUCUUGGAAUACCUCCCACUUGGACCAGAGACCACAGGUAUGUGGCGCCAAUUAGGAUUGGUUGCUUUGAACGCACUUUGCCUGCCUGUGGCCGAACGCUGCUACGCUGUUCUAGGAGAAGUUGAGAUGAGCAGGUCCGAUAAUGGAUUCCACUCGGUAUUCGAGAAUGUCUUGGCUUCACAGGGAAUUGCGGAAGAUUCAGCGCCUGGCACGGAGUUCGGGCUACAUCAUCCAACUGUGAUGGCUGCUAUUGCUGUGAUGAAGAAGCAGUUCUCUAUAGCAGAGGAAGUUUACAUUGAGCAUGGUCAUCUUGAAGAUGCCAUACGCAUGUAUCAAAGCAUUCACAAGUACGAUGAGGCUAUCCGUCUGGCAGAGCAUCACUGCUAUCCCGAUGUCAUGCGCCUCAAAACAGACUAUCUACAGUGGCUGUUACAGACACACCAAGAAGACUUGGCAGGAGACCUGCAGGAGAGGGAAGGGAAUUAUGAGAAAGCCAUAGCUCUCUUCUUGAAGAGCGGGAUGGCUGCGCGAGCUGCGAGCGUUGUUGCAAAGCAUUCUCAGAUGAAUUACUCUCAAGAGCUACUCCAGAAGAUAGCGAGCUCGUUAAAGGCUGUUGGAUGCGAUGGCAAGGCUGGAGAGUUAUACGAAAAAAUGGGCAUGCUCCAACCUGCAAUGGACUCGUAUAGACGAGGUCAUGCAUAUCAUCGAGCUAUUGAGCUAGCCACUAAGCAUGGACAAUUUGCUGCAGUGCCAAUGCUACAUGAGGAAUGGGGAAAUCAUCUUAUGGAUAAUAGACAAUAUGAGAAAGCUAUUGAACACUUCUCUCAAGCAAAGAAGCCAUUGAAAGCGGUUGAUGCCGCUGUCCAAGGUCGGCAAUGGUCACGUGCAGAACAUCUGUUAGGAGUAUUUGAAGCUUCUGAACCGGACGCUAGUGUAAUUCCUGAACUGAGGGUGCUACAAGAGAAGCUUGGGGAUCAUUUCUCAUCGACAAGGCAGCAUCAGAAAGCUGAGAGAUGCUUUUUAUCUGCCGGUGCUGUUCAUAAAUGUGUUCAAAUGUAUAUCACUGCGCAGGAGCAUGAGCAAGCAUCAAAGAUUGCCAAAGCACAUAUGUCCCAGAAGGAUAGAAUUGAGCUGUACACUAGUCUGGCUGAGAAGUUUGAAAAUGAGGGCAAUACCUCCCAAGCAGAAGAGUUGUAUAUUGUGGCUAAUGAGUAUGAUUUAGCUAUAGAAAUGUACAGGAAGAUAGAGGAUUAUGUGAACAUGAUAAGGCUCAUACGCAAGCAUAGGCCCGAGAUCCUAGACGACACGUAUAGGACCCUUGGUGAGCAGUUCGAAUCAAAGGGUAACUUCUCGAAAGCAGAGAAAUACUUUUGUGAGGGGUCCGGUACUAUGUGGGAGUCUGCUGUAUCGAUGUAUCGUCGGAAUGGCCGAUGGGAGGAUGCCAAACGCGUUGCCAAAGCAUGCGGAGGGAAGAGCGCAUUUGAGAAGGUGGUUAUUGAACAUGCACAAGCCUCUUGCCGAGAUUCCGUUGCUGCAGCUCGCAUGAUAGCGAGUACACGUCUCGUCGAUGCUGCUAUAGAUCAUUCCAUCGGCCUCGAAGACUAUUCCGGUGCCAUGGCGAUUGCUGAGGAAUUCGGUGGGCAGCAUAGGAUACCAGAUAUCCGUCUGAAGCGAGCCAUGAAUUUUGAAGAUAUCGGCCGAUUCGCGGAUGCCGAGGCUGAAUUCUUAUUGGCCAGUAAGCCUAAGGAAGCUAUUGAAAUGUAUACUCAUCAGAAGGACUGGCCUGCUGCCCUCCGAGUUGCCGAGAUCAGCAAUGAUAAAGAUUCCACAAUAUCCAUCCUAGAGGCUAGCGCGAGAGAUCUUAUCGAUCAAGGCCGCUUGGGUGAAGCAGAGAAUGCUCUCAUUGAGGCUGGCAAACCUCAAGUAAUCGUCGAGGUUUAUCUAGCCCAUGAUAUGCACCAAGAGGCUGUCCGUGUUUGUCGAUCUCACUGUCCUAACCUUCUCUCAGAGGUAAUGAAAUACAGCAGUUCUGCCGAUACGAUGAGCUCGAGCCAACAAGCACCCCCCCAGCGCCCGAGACUGUCGGCGGGAUCUAGUGCCAGAGAUCUGGUUGCCCAUGCUAAGCUCCUUGAAGAAGCCGGAGAGUACUCUAAGGCGAUCGAUGUAUACCUGGAGGUUUCAAAUGCCGAUCUAAGUGCAGAACAGAUAGAGAACGUACUGGUGGACAGUGCUGUGAGGGUCGCUACACACUUCCUGGCUCAACGAUAUACCGAGGUCGCUAAUAAAGCUGCGAAAAGGCUAGAAUCUCUGGGGCGCUUUGGCAUAGCUGCGGAGCUCUACGAGAGUACGGACAGAAUUCGUGAGGCCGUCGACUGCUUGGUGAAGGCUGAUGAAUGGGAGCGUGCAAUUGAGCUGACUAAACAAAAGCUGCCGUCAAUCACAGCAUCGAUCGAGGAACAACACAGAGCUGCGCUGGUUAAAAGCGGUAAGACAGAUCAACUAGCAGGCAGAGGGGAUACUGUUCAUGCUCUGGAUGCGUAUGCGAGGUCGAACGAAUGGAUGAAGUGCUUGAACCUAGCUGAGACCUCGGCUCCUCAACACCUGCAGCACUACGUGUUACAAUACGUUAAAGUACUGGUAUCGGAGAAUAAAUCAAAUGAGGCAUGCAACACUUUACUGCGAUAUGGACCAUACAAUGAUCCAGAAUCGAUGCAGAUUUAUCGAGUCAUGGCAUCCCGUUUGAUAUCGAACUACACACCUGUAGCCCUGGAGAAGGACUACGAAACGGAUCUCCUGCAUUUACGCAAUCUACUACUCAAAUUACUCAGUGGCCAUGAUUCGUCGUCAUCCAGAUCACCAAAUGCCCUCAUGAAAGCCGCCACAAGGGACGAUGCCAAUGGUCUUGUUGAGUAUUUGAUUGUGGCACAUCUAAUUUGGAUAGGAUCUGUAUGCCGAAAUAAUGCAAUCGAUGGAAGCAUAAUUUGCAAGGCAGCUGUGAGCCUCUGCCGAUACUGCAAUCUAGUGCCUGUUGAUAGGGUGUUCUAUAAUGCUGGAUUUGAGUGUAAGCGGUGUGGCGACAUAUCCAUGGCAUUCUUCUUCUUAAAUCGAUAUCUUGAUCUUGUGGAUGCCAUUAGAGACCCGGAUAGCGCCACCAUUGACAACUCUGACUUCCUGGAUACUGAUAUUCCUUCCCCGUAUGAUAUCAACCUACCUCAUGCUGUUCACGGAGAUGAUCAUCUUGUAGAAGAGGCGCGAGACUGGGUUCUGGGUUGGUCUGUUGACAACAGGGUCCAACAGCAGAUGAAAACCCGUCAAUGUGACGGAUGCGAGAAUGAGAUUUACGCAGCUGCACUAGUCUGCCCUAAAUGCGACUGCAGAUACUCACCUUGUGUCGUAACUGGAUAUCCAGUGCUGGCAUCGUCCAAAGUCGAAUGUACCAAUUGUCGUGCUAUGGCUAACAGAGAUGAUUGGAAUGAGUUCAUUCAGAAAGUACGCACCUGCCCCUGGUGUAUGGAGUCUCAAGGACGUGCUCUAUAG